ACAAAAGCAUUUGGUCAAAGUAUGUAAUCAAAAUUGUAGAGUAAAAUACAAGAAUUUUGGGUUAUGUUCAUACUACUACAUUUUCUCAUCUAAAAUCUUUAAUCUCCUCUUUCAUUCCAUUAGUUUUUUUACAUAAACUACCCUUGCUCACUAUUCUACACUCCAUUUUCUGUUCAAGCAAGAUACGAUACACUUUCUCUCGUCUUUCACACAACUUUUCUUUAUUCUCUUCAAUCCUUCUUAUUCUCAUAUACCCUUGUCCCCUUUUAACUAGAAAACAUAGAUUUUUUUGUUACAAUCUAUUUUUCCCAUCAAAGAUGAUAUUUUGAUGAUGCUAAUUGAUUAAAGACAAGAUUUUUUUGAGAUGGGUUUUUGAUUAUUUUAUUGAUUUUUAUUGUAUCAAGAAAUUAAAAAGGAAAAGUUUUGUUUGAUUGAUUAGGAGAUAUGGGGUGUUUCUCUUGUUUUGAAUCAAAAGAAGAAGAAAGAUUGAAUCCAAAUCUUGAUGAAAAAGAUGAUCACAAAGCUACUCAUCCUUCUUCAAACUCUAAUAUCUCUAAAUUAUCAUCUGGAGCGGAUCGGAUGAAAGCAAGAAACAAUGUUGGGCCAAGGCGGGAGACUUCAGUUCCGAAGGAUGUACCAGACACCAAUGCCCAGACAUUCACUUUUAAUGAGCUUGCAGUAGCCACCAAGAACUUCAGAGAUGAAUGUUUCCUUGGGGAAGGGGGUUUUGGGAGUGUUUACAAAGGCCAGUUGGAGACUGGACAGGUUGUUGCUGUUAAGCAACUGGACAGAAAUGGUCUCCAAGGCAACAGAGAGUUUCUUGUAGAGGUUCUUAUGCUUAGUCUUUUACAUCAUUCUAAUCUUGUGAAUUUGAUAGGAUAUUGUGCCGAUGGUGACCAGAGGUUGCUUGUAUAUGAAUACAUGGCACUGGGAUCACUUGAAGAUCACCUUCAUGAUCUCCCGCCUGAUAAAGAACCACUUGACUGGAAUACCAGGAUGAAAAUUGCAGCUGGAGCUGCAAAAGGUUUAGAAUACCUGCAUGAUAAAGCAAAUCCACCAGUUAUCUAUAGAGAUUUUAAAUCAUCCAACAUAUUGCUAGAUGAAGGGUACCAUCCAAAGCUCUCUGAUUUCGGGCUUGCAAAACUGGGACCCACUGGUGACAAGUCACAUGUAUCUACCCGAGUGAUGGGAACUUAUGGCUAUUGUGCGCCUGAAUAUGCAAUGACAGGGCAAUUGACUGUGAAGUCAGAUGUUUAUAGUUUUGGAGUCGUCUUUUUAGAACUGAUAACUGGUCGUCGAGCCAUUGAUGGUGAUCGUCCUCAUGGAGAGCAGAACCUUGUCGCAUGGGCACGUCCUUUGUUCAACGACAGGAGAAAAUUUUUGAAAUUGGCAGACCCUCGGCUACAAGGUAGAUUUCCAACAAGAGGACUCUACCAAGCUCUAGCUGUCGCAUCUAUGUGCAUUCAAGAGAGUGCAACUGGUCGUCCUCACAUUGGAGAUGUUGUAACUGCACUCUCGUAUCUGGCCAACCAAGCAUAUGAUCCAAAUACGAAAGAUGAUCGAAGGAACAGAGAUGAAAGCGGUGGUGGGAAAAUUGCAAGAGGUGAAGAUGGGGCGACUUCGGGUAGAAAAUGGGACUUGGAAGGCUCAGAGAAAGAGGACUCCCCUAGAGAAACGGUUAGAAUGAUGAAUAGGGACUUAGAUAGAGAGCGUGCCGUUGCUGAGGCCAAAAUGUGGGGCGAGAAUCUGCGGGAAAAGAGACGUCAAACCUUGGAUUCGGAAGGUGUUUCCGAAAAAGAUGACUCUCCAAAAGAGACCGCGAGGAUGUUGAAUGGUGACGUAGACAGAGAGAGAGCUGUUGCUGAGGCCAAGAUGUGGGGAGAGAAUUGGCGAGAGAAAAGAAGAAUAAGCGCUCAAGGCACAAACGACCACCCGGGUGUGUGAUUCACCCUGUUCUUGUACAGCAUCAGAAACGAUACUCCGCAUCCCAGCAGACUAAGUCAAGUACUGGUCCACGCCCUUGUUUUUCACUCAUUUUUUGCAGUGUAUCAAAGCUCCGUACAGAGGAUCAGAUGUCAGGAGAGGUGCAUUGAAGAAUCAGAGUGUAUAUUUUCGGCAAUAAGCCCAAGGUACCACCUCGGCUUGACCCCUUGUAAACAUUUCAGUAUGAAGGAGUCGUUUUUCUGGGUUUCUUUCUUUUCGGUUAUGGUGGAUGAUAUUUGCUUCUUGGAUCAGCAUAUUUAUACCAUCCUAGAAAUGCUCAACCGAUUUGGUAGUGUUAGGUGUUUCACUACUGAAGCUUUAAGGUCUAUAUACAUACCAUAUUCAUAAUGGAUGUACUUAAUGUCACAUUUUUGUACUUCUCUUCCCCUUGUUUAUUAAUGCAUAAGAUUUACUCCCUUCGUUUUAUUUUGUUGUUUCCAGUUUGACAAAAACCGUGAGAACUUUUUGUCAAACUAGGAACAACAAAGAAAAACGGAAGCAGUCUUUAGCUUUAUUUCA